AACCAAGCUCAAAAAAGAAAUAGAAGCUAUCCCAAACCCCAUCAAAUAUUUACCUCCAACUAUUUUUUUUUUGUCAAACUCUCACUCCUAAAAAAAAAAUCUCCCAUUUCAUUUGUAACUCUGGCUUCUCCCCUACUAUUUUCCUCCCCUGCCACAAUGCAACAAACUUGACUUUCCCUAUUUCUCUCUCCCUACACGGACCUGGAAACCCCAUGUUUUGUUCUUGCUUGUUCAUCCCUUGACAAUUUUCCUUAAAACACAUAUUGUUACAUUAAGAAAAAGGAAAAAAUGGUUAAAGCAAUGGAACAAGAACAGGAAAGUGUCAGGUCCAGACUAUUCCAUUUCAAAGGAAUGUUUGAAAAUACAGGGAGGCAUACAAAGAGUUUGAGCAUUGAGAGUGCCAGCGCAUUAGAUCCUUCUCCUUCGGAAGAAGAGCCAGUGUCAUCAAGAAGUCAAGGAUCAAAACCUCUAAAUGUUCUGGAUAAGGUUCCUAGGCCAAGGAUAAGCAGGGAGGAAAUUGUAGCCAAAGAAGCCAAAGAUAAGAUGGUGCAAGAAAUGGAACAGAUGAAGGAGAGAUUUGCUAAACUGCUAUUGGGGGAGGACAUGUCUGGUGGAGGAAAGGGUGUUUCUUCAGCUUUGGCAUUGUCAAAUGCAUUCACAAACCUUGCAGCUGCUGUUUUCGGUGAACAAAAGCGGCUGGAGCCAAUGCCGCCAGAAAGAAAAGCAAGAUGGAGAAAAGAAAUUGAUUGGCUUCUAUCGGUCACCGAUUACGUUGUUGAAAUGGUUCCCGUGCAACAAAAAAACAAGGAUGGCUCAACCAUGGAGGUUAUGACAACACGACAAAGAACUGAUCUCCACAUGAAUAUCCCUGCUUUACGAAAGCUUGAUGCAAUGCUUAUUGAUACUCUAGAUAACUUCAAAGACCAAAAUGAGUUCUAUUAUGUAUCAAAAGAUGCAGAGAAUGCAGAUAGAAAUAAUGAUACCAAGUGGUGGUUGCCUACACCCAAGGUUCCCGUAGAGGGUUUAUCUGAUGCAGCAAGAAGGUUUGUCCAGUAUCAGAAAGAUUGUGUGAACCAAGUUCUUAAAGCAGCUAUGGCCAUAAAUGCUCAAACUCUAUCAGAAAUGGAGAUCCCUGAAAGCUAUAUUGAAUCCCUACCCAAGAAUGGAAGAUCAAGUCUAGGGGACUUGAUCUACAGGAGUAUCACAGAUGAUUUUUUCGAUCCUGAUCAGCUCCUAUCAGCCAUGGACAUGUCCAAUGAACAUAAAAUCGUAGAUCUCAAGGACAGAAUUGAGGCAUCCAUUGUGAUUUGGAGACGGAAGAUGAACCAAAAAGAUAGCAGCAAAUCAGCUUGGGGUUCUGCUGUGAGUGUGGAGAAAAGAGAAAUCUUUGAAGACAGGGCAGAAACCAUCUUACUUCUCCUAAAGCGUCGUUUUCCUGGGACUUCCCAAUCCGCAUUGGAUAUAAGCAAAAUCCAAUUCAACAGGGAUGUGGGGCAAGCUGUUCUUGAAAGCUAUUCAAGAAUAUUGGAAAGUUUGGCCUUCACAGUGCUGUCAAGAAUAGAAGAUGUACUCCAUGCUGAUCUGCAAACUCAAAAUCCAUCACAAUCAGGAAGAAAGAGUCUUUCGAGAAACCCAAUUCCCAAGCCAGAGAAGUCUCCAACUCCAACUCCUAAAAAAGAGGUAGACAAGAGUGGCUCAGAAGCAAUGACACUAUCAGAUUUCAUGGGUUGGAACAAUAAUCAAGGUGACUCAGAUGCUAAGAAAGAAGCCUUUGCAGAUUCAGAUGACUUCUACAAAGACAUCGAUAAUGGAAAGCCCCAGAAACUUCCAAACGUAGUCACAGACAAGAAAGUGUCCUACCUUGAGACAUUGGGAGGUAUGAGGAGUCCAACAUCACGCCAUUAAGCCCAACAAUAAAAUGCAAGCACUUGAAGAGGGAGAGAAAAAAGGAAGGAAAAAAAAAACAAGUAUUUGUGAGAAGCCUGUGGUCUUCGGAGGAGUUGUUUAAAAUAUAAUCAUUUAUUCUUUAUCAUCUAUUCUUUCUUUUUGUACACAGGAAUGGAUGAAUAUACAAAACACAAAAUCAUGAGGGUUUGAAGCAUUGUCGCGUAUGAAUUUUUAGUCUGGCAGCCCCAAAAUGUGAUAUUUUAUGAAUUCACAGAUGUCAUGCAUGCGUACUUGGAAAUACUAUAUAACUCUAUUCGACCAAUGUAGAAUGAGGAUCAGGCGUAGUAGUAAAAAGCAUUUCUAACUCCA